AUGACUAUAUCUACUAGAGGAUUAGUUCAAAUCGCUGGAUGGGGUGGACUACUUGUCGCUACAACUGGUUUUUAUUUACAAAAUAAACUUGUAGAUAGAGUGAGAAACUUUGAAUAUUACAAAGAUGCUUUAAAAAUAUUACGGAAACAUCCAGGAGCAGUUUACUAUCUUGGUGAACCCAUAAAAGAUAAAAAAAUUAAAUUGAGUGACACUCAAAAUAAUUUCUCAGAUGGUGGCACUGCAAAAUUGUGUGUUCCUGUGACUGGACAAAAAGACAGAGGAUUUUAUUACUUUUGGGCUGAAAAAUGUGAUGAUAAAUGGUCAAUUGUUAAAGCAGAAUUAGAGCUCAAGUCAAAACCUGACGAAAGACUAGUUAUAGUGAAGCAAAAUUAG